UCGAUUCUUUUACAAUAACCUAAAAACAUCUUCUUAGUGAUUUUUAAUAACAUUUUAAACCAUGGGAACGUUGCGGGUGAUUUCUCGAUACCUACAGAAGAAUAUGUUUUUCGUUUUAGCAUAAUAUACUAGAAAACAUAUUUAUUAUCUAGCAAGUAGUCAAUAUGGCUACUAAUAAUAAUCAGAAUGGUUGGUUGAGUGGUUUAAGUUUGGGCUACGGAGCCCCGUUGAGUGCCGUUCCUGAACAACAAGGCGGCUCGUCUCAAGAAAUAAAUCAGUUUGAACCAUUAGACAGAAAUAAUACCAGUAGUAAUACCCUAAAGAGAAAUCCCAAGAUGGAACUAUCAAAAAAUGAUUUAAUUAAAUUGGUAACAUAUUUUGAGGGAGAAAUCCAAGCCAGGGACAUAGCAAUUGCAGCAUUGAAGUCUGAGAAGUUGAAGCAAGUGGUAAAUGUUGGACGGUACAGACCAGCUGUGUUUUCAGAUCCCUAUACAGCACUUUUAAGGGAUAGUAUUGCAGAUGGACCUUCUGCUAAGGUACCAUAUUCUGAGAAAAAUAUGACAAGUGUUGCUGAUCAUCAAUUGCAAGCAUUAGAGCAACUGGCUUUGCAGCAACGUUGGGCACAUCAACAUAUGGUUAAUAUACUUAAGGAAGCUGAAAUUAAACAUAGAAAGGUUAUACAAGAAUUGGAAGAUGAAAAGUGUAAACAUGAACAUGAUACUGCUCAAGGAGAUGACAUCACAUAUGGUUUAGAGUUAGAAAGGACAAGAUUACGGCAGGAAUUAGAAUUGGAAAAAAAUACAAGGAAGAAAUUUGAAAAAGAUCUGAAAAAACAAGCGGAAAUGGCAGAUGAAGAAAGAGCAAGGCAAAAGCAAAUAGUUUUGCUUCUCUUAGCUGAACGUAAAAAAAUAAUUGUAAAAUAUAUAGAAGAAAGAAAAAGAAGUGAGGAUUUGGCCCAGAUUUUAACAGAAGAAAAGUCACGAAUUGAUAGCAUGGCUGAAGGACUUGAAGAGGAAAGUAAAAAAAGUCUUCAAAUGGAAGCUGAAUUGGAAAAUCAAUCACAUAUUUAUGAGGUAGAGAGAAAGGCGUUCAAAGCCCAACUUGCAGCUAAAGAAGAAAGAUGUCAAGAAUUGGAAGCUGAAAUUCAAAAAUUAAAAGCCGAAUGUGAGGUGUAUAGGUCAACAGCCACUCUACCUUGUGAAAGUACAACUCCAAUGUUAAGUAGUGUAGCUAAAGUAGUGCAACCAACGUCAACUGUAUCUAGUGUUCCCGUUUCUGGACCGACUACUGGUAUAGCACAAUCUGUGAUACCAGGACAAGUUCUAAGACAAACUGCAAUGACACCCACAGCACCAUUAACUAAGGUUAAUCCAUCUGGAGGAGUCUCGACAUCUCAGACAUCCACGAUAAGGACACCUGGAAAGGCAGCUUUCCAUGCAGCUCAUGCACAGUUUCAGCCGUCGACCGCACCUCAGACUCCACCCAAAAAAGGUUUAGCAGUCGGCCGAGGAGUUCCUCCGCCAAUACCACCCAACAAACCAAUCAUUCCGAGUAAAAGUGCUCCCAGUCGUAGAACAGAUCCUGGAGAGCAAGAUAAGAAGAAGCCAACCGUGGCGCCGGUUGAGAAACCUUCAGAAACUCCGCGUCAACUCGGUCAAGGGAUUGAACUAUUAGGACAAGAAUUAGCUGAUUUCCAACAGAUGUUUGUAACAAUGGCAACUAGCAACAAUACUUAAAUAUUUAUUAUAUUUUACAUCAGGAUGGAUCAAUAGUGAUACUUCACAGGACUAACAUCAGAACUCAACAGUCAACUUUCAAUGUGAUAAUUACUAAUCUGAACUCCUACAUGCAUUAUAAUAAAUUUUUAGCUAUUAUGUAUAUGUAUAUGUAUAUUUACAUAACUUAAUUACAUACUAGACUUAGACAGUAAUGUUAAAUCUUACAUAAAUAACAUAUGUAAUAUUUCGAACGUAACAGUUUAUGUACAAAUAGUGUACAUACACUGAAAACUUGUCAUUUUAAUUAGCAUCUCAUUUGUCACUUGGUUUUUACUUAAGGGGCAACUUGUAAAAUAUUAUGAUUAAUAUCAAGUGCAUUUAUAUGCAUACUAAGAAUUUCCUGAUGCUGAUAUUUUUAAUGGAUCUUAAAGAAGUAAGAUCUGAUGGUUAUAUGGAGGGUAAUCAGAAUUUCAAUAGAGAAUUAAUAUUGAAUUAAUUGAAAUGGCCCUAGGUAUAUGUUAAAUAUAAAGCUUAAAAUGAGUUUCUCGAAAGAUUUUGAGAUUAUAUAUUUUCAUGUUAAUUUAAUUAAUUUGUGUCUAGAAUAUGUAUGACUAUAUUUUUAUAUAUUUUGUGGUUAAAAUUAUAUAAGUUUGGCAUUUAUAUAGCAUGUUCAUUUGUUGUGUACUUAAAAGACUUUUUGAAUUUUGUAUGAGUAGCGUUAAUUUAUUGUGUGCUUUUGUAUAAACAUUAUUUUGUUUUUAAAUAAAAUUAUAAAAUUUA